ACUCAGCGGUCCUCCUGCCUCAGUUUCUGAGUACUGGGAUUGCAGGCAUGUGCCACUGUGCCCAGCCGGAAGUGGAGAGUCUCUCAGACCCCUGUGUUCUGCAGGCUGCCUCGUGACCCCACCAUGUCUUCCCCCAGCGCGAGUUCCGCGGACACUGCCCUGCCCGGAAAUGUCCCCCCUCAGCCCAGCACCUCCUCCUCUUCACCCACUAUAAAGAAAGAGGGCCCUGAGCCGUGGCCCGAGGGUCCCGACCCUGAUGUCCCAGGCACCGAUGGGGCCAGCUCGGCCUGCAUCGUGGUCAUCCUAGAACCAGAUGAGGAGCCCGAGCCAGAGCGCAAGAGAAAGAAGGGCCCAGCUCCAAAGAUGCUGGGCCACGAGCUGUGCCGCGUGUGUGGGGACAAGGCCUCUGGCUUCCACUACAACGUGCUGAGCUGUGAAGGCUGCAAAGGCUUCUUCCGGCGUAGCGUGGUCCACGGUGGAGCCGGGCGCUACGUCUGCAGGGGCGGUGGAAGCUGCCAAAUGGACGCCUUCAUGCGGCGCAAGUGCCAGCAGUGCCGGCUGCGCAAGUGCAAGGAGGCGGGGAUGAGGGAGCAGUGUGAGUACCCGCAGUCCCGCGAUGCCCGCCAGCAGCGCUUCGCCCACUUCACGGAGCUGGCCAUCAUCUCGGUCCAGGAGAUCGUGGACUUCGCCAAGCAGCCCUGGCCCCUGGGUGCAGACCCGCAGUCCCGCGAUGCCCGCCAGCAGCGCUUCGCCCACUUCACGGAGCUGGCCAUCAUCUCGGUCCAGGAGAUCGUGGACUUCGCCAAGCAGGUGCCUGGCUUCCUGCAGCUGGGCCGCGAGGACCAAAUCGCCCUCCUGAAGGCGUCCACCAUCGAGAUCAUGCUGCUGGAGACGGCCCGGCGCUACAACCAUGAGACGGAGUGCAUCACCUUCCUGAAGGACUUCACCUACAGCAAGGACGACUUCCACCGUGCAGGCCUGCAGGUGGAGUUCAUCAACCCCAUCUUCGAGUUCUCGCGGGCCAUGCGGCGGCUGGGCCUGGACGACGCCGAGUAUGCCCUGCUCAUAGCCAUCAACAUCUUCUCCGCCGACCGCCCCAACGUGCAGGAGCCGGGCCGCGUGGAGGCGCUGCAGCAGCCCUACGUGGAGGCGCUGCUUUCCUACACGCGCAUCAAGAGGCCGCAGGACCAGCUCCGCUUCCCGCGCAUGCUGAUGAAGCUCGUGAGCCUGCGCACGCUGAGCUCCGUGCACUCCGAGCAGGUCUUCGCCCUGCGGCUUCAGGACAAGAAGCUGCCGCCUCUGCUCUCGGAGAUCUGGGACGUCCACGAGUAGCCUUGCCGACACCCUUCCACGGAGUGACGCUGUCACCCUUCUUCCGCGAGGGCGGGAAGGGCACGGGCCUGGCCCGUCGGUCCCGCCUUGCGGCCUUCAGGAUGUCUUGGGGCCCAGGAGUCGCCUUUCCCGCCCAGAGUCUUCCCGGAAGGGUGGCGGGGCCUGAGUCCUGAGACCUGACCCCUACCUCUCCAGCUCCGUCCCUCCCCGCUUACACCUGCUGCACACAGUGCACCUUGGGCAGGGGGAGGGUGCUGGGACCCCACCUGGAGGCCUCGAGAGCCCUCAUCCUCUGCUCCUUUUAUUUAAUAAAAACUAAAAACAAGCAA